UCCGGUUCGGAGCCCGCGCUUUAGUCUUUGCUGUCUCCUUGCUAAAAGGCCGUAACAAGUUUCGCUCCUGCUCAGCUGCAUUAUGUCACGUUCAUCCUCCAUGCCGAGAAUCUAUAUUGGUCGUUUGAAUCGCCGAGUCAGGGAACGGGACGUCGAGAGAUUCUUUAAAGGCUUUGGAAAAAUCAUAGAGGUGGAUCUUAAGAACAGAUAUGGCUUUGUUGAGUUUGAGGACCUUCGUGAUGCAGAUAAUGCCGUUUAUGAGAUGAAUGGGAGGGAUCUGUGUGGAGAGAGAGUGAUCGUAGAGCAUGCACAUGCUCCUAGAAGGGAUUCUCGCAGUGGGUAUGGUAGCCACAGAAGUGGUAGCGAUAAGUUUGGCCCUCCAGUCCGCACUAUGUACCGUCUACGGGUAGAGAACCUGUCCAGAAGAUGCAGCUGGCAGGAUCUGAAGGAUUUCAUGCAUCAGGCUGGUGAGGUCACGUGUGCUGAUGCUCAUCAACGGCUUCAAAAUGAGGGAGUCAUUGAAUUUCGAUCGCAUGCUGACAUGAUGCAUGCGCUUGAGAAACUUGAUGGAACAGAUAUAAAGAAGAUUCAACUGGUGGUGGACAGGGCUAGCUCCUUGGCCAAACACUCCUCAUCUCGUAGCCGAUCUUUAUCUCAUUUGCGUAGGAGCAGGAGUAGCCAUUCCAGAUCCCGAUCCCGGUCACGCAGUCGGAGCAGAGGAUGGGACAGAAAAAGCCAAAGUUGAAGCAAAGAUAGGAGAAAUUCCAGGAGCCACAGUAAGGAUAGGGCAAAAGGGAGAUCAGAUAGAGGUGGUACCAGAAGUAAAAGUAGAAGUCGGAGCAGGGAGAGAAAAGAAAGGGACAGUCGGAGUCAUAGCAAAGAGAGGGCAAGCCGAAGUUUGAAUAAGGAAAGGAAGGAUAGAGCGGGUGGGGAGAGAG